AUGGUUUUCCGACGUUGCGCGACGACGAAUCGCAGCCGUCGCAGGGACCGACACCUGUCGCACAGUCUGCCAGUCGUCGCGUUGGCGCUGGUGGCACUCGCAAUACGACCGUUGGAAAGCGCCUCGAGCGGCGCCGGCUUCGCGAAUUCAUGGACGAGUCAACCGUUCCCGUACUCUCGCCUCCCUCGCCACAGACUAUCUAGCGCCGCGUUGCUCCUCCCAUCCUCGUUACAGUCUGCCCCGACAUCAUCGCACAACGCACCCGCUUCGUUUCUCCCAUCCGCCCUCCCUUCCGCCUCCGCCGCCGCCAACUCGCGCCGCGUCUCCGCCGCCCCCGCGCUCCCCCAACACCUUCCACGUUUCCUCCACUCCGCCCAUUCUCCCCCAUACCCCGCCUCCGCCCCCGUGUGGCGCAACCGCGUCACCCUCUCCCGCGUGGCCGCGCUUCCGCCCGCCGCCCCGUCCGCGGGGAGCAGGAGAGUAGAGUUGGAAUCAACGGCGAAGAUUAAGGCGACAACGACUCGGCCAAAAUCCGUGCCGUCCACUUUGAGCGCUGCUGACCGUACGAUGCUGCUGAGUCGGAUGAACAAUGCGCGAGCGUCUGUUUCAGCCACAGCCGUCCCACGCCCAUCCGCCGCGCUCCCAAACCUGACCUGGAGCGACACUCUGGCAGGCUCGGCGCAGGCCUGGGCAGCCGAAGAAGCAGGUUCGGUGUGCGCCGGGCCAGUGGACGCAUUUGGCAGCACUCUGUCCCUCUGGUCGCAGCAGCCUGGCAGUGCGUAUGGUGUGAGCUGGUACGGGUUUGAGUCUGCUGCUGCCUCCCCUGCCGGCAGCACUCCCUCUGACGCCAUUACUGCGUGGCUCUACGAGAAGGCAUUCUAUGAUCCAGCGCACAAUGAGUGCUCUGACACGGACGACUGCACCUCUACAACCACUGAUGCGUCCCAUCCGCUGCUCAUUGCUCACCAUUUUUUACACGCCUCAAAACCCGUCUCUCCCUCUACAAUCACCCACCUCUGCAAUCACCCACCUCUGCAAUCACCCACCUCUGCAAUCACCCACCUCUACAAUCACCCACCUCUGCAAUCACCCACCUCUGCAAUCACCCACCUCUGCAAUCACCCACCUCUGCAAUCACCCACCUCUGCAAUCACCCACCUCUACAAUCACCCACCUCUACAAUCACCCACCUCUACAAUCACCCACCUCUGCAAUCACCCACCUCUGCAAUCACCCACCUCUGCAAUCACCCACCUCUGCAAUCACCCACCUCUACAAUCACCCACCUCUACAAUCACCCACCUCUGCAAUCACCCACCUCUGCAAUCACCCACCUCUGCAAUCACCCACCUCUGCAAUCACCCACCUCUGCAAUCACCCACCUCUACAAUCACCCACCUCUACAAUCACCCACCUCUACAAUCACCCACCUCUGCAAUCACCCACCUCUGCAAUCACCCACCUCUGAAAUCACCCACCUCUGCAAUCACCCACCUCUACAAUCACCCACCUCUGCAAUCACCCACCUCUGCAAUGACCCACCUCUGCAAUCACCCACCUCUGCAAUCACCCACCUCUGCAAUCACCCACCUCUGCAAUCACCCACCUCUGCAAUCACCCACCUCUGCAAUCACCCACCUCUGCAAUCACCCACCUCUACAAUCACCCACCUCUACAAUCACCCACCUCUACAAUCACCCACCUCUACAAUCACCCACCUCUGCAAUCACCCACCUCUGCAAUCACCCACCUCUGCAAUCACCCACCUCUGCAAUCACCCACCUCUGCAAUCACCCACCUCUGCAAUCACCCACCUCUCCAAUCACCCACCUCUGCAAUCACCCACCUCUGCAAUCACCCACCUCUGCAAUCACCCACCUCUGCAAUCACCCACCUCUACAAUCACCCACCUCUGCAAUCACCCACCUCUGCAAUCACCCACCUCUGCAAUCACCCACCUCUGCAAUCACCCACCUCUGCAAUCACCCACCUCUGCAAUCACCCACCUCUGCAAUCACCCACCUCUGCAAUCACCCACCUCUACAAUCACCCACCUCUACAAUCACCCACCUCUACAAUCACCCACCUCUGCAAUCACCCACCUCUGCAAUCACCCACCUCUGCAAUCACCCACCUCUACAAUCACCCACCUAUACAAUCACCCACCUCUGCAAUCACCCACCUCUGCAAUCACCCACCUCUGCAAUCACCCACCUCUGCAAUCACCCACCUCUACAAUCACCCACCUCUGCAAUCACCCACCUCUGCAAUCACCCACCUCUGCAAUCACCCACCUCUGCAAUCACCCACCUCUGCAAUCACCCACCUCUGCAAUCACCCACCUCUGCAAUCACCCACCUCUGCAAUCACCCACCUCUGCAAUCACCCACCUCUACAAUCACCCACCUCUACAAUCACCCACCUCUACAAUCACCCACCUCUACAAUCACCCACCUCUGCAAUCACCCACCUCUGCAAUCACCCACCUCUGCAAUCACCCACCUCUGCAAUCACCCACCUCUGCAAUCACCCACCUCUGCAAUCACCCACCUCUCCAAUCACCCACCUCUGCAAUCACCCACCUCUGCAAUCACCCACCUCUGCAAUCACCCACCUCUGCAAUCACCCACCUCUACAAUCACCUACCUCUGCAAUCACCCACCUCUGCAAUCACCCACCUCUGCAAUCACCCACCUCUGCAAUCACCCACCUCUGCAAUCACCCACCUCUGCAAUCACCCACCUCUGCAAUCACCCACCUCUGCAAUCACCCACCUCUACAAUCACCCACCUCUACAAUCACCCACCUCUACAAUCACCCACCUCUGCAAUCACCCACCUCUGCAAUCACCCACCUCUGCAAUCACCCACCUCUGCAAUCACCCACCUCUGCAAUCACCCACCUCUGCAAUCACCCACCUCUGCAAUCACCCACCUCUGCAAUCACCCACCUCUGCAAUCACCCACCUCUGCAAUCACCCACCUCUGCAAUCACCCACCUCUGCAAUCACCCACCUCUACAAUCACCCACCUCUGCAAUCACCCACCUCUGCAAUCACCCACCUCUGCAAUCACCCACCUCUGCAAUCACCCACCUCUACAAUCACCCACCUCUACAAUCACCCACCUCUGCAAUCACCCACCUCUGCAAUCACCCACCUCUGCAAUCACCCACCUCUGCAAUCACCCACCUCUGCAAUCACCCACCUCUACAAUCACCCACCUCUACAAUCACCCACCUCUGCAAUCACCCACCUCUGCAAUCACCCACCUCUGCAAUCACCCACCUCUGCAAUCACCCACCUCUGCAAUCACCCACCUCUACAAUCACCCACCUAUACAAUCACCCACCUCUGCAAUCACCCACCUCUGCAAUCACCCACCUCUGCAAUCACCCACCUCUGCAAUCACCCACCUCUACAAUCACCCACCUCUGCAAUCACCCACCUCUGCAAUCACCCACCUCUGCAAUCACCCACCUCUGCAAUCACCCACCUCUGCAAUCACCCACCUCUGCAAUCACCCACCUCUGCAAUCACCCACCUCUGCAAUCACCCACCUCUGCAAUCACCCACCUCUACAAUCACCCACCUCUACAAUCACCCACCUCUACAAUCACCCACCUCUACAAUCACCCACCUCUGCAAUCACCCACCUCUGCUAUCACCCACCUCUGCAAUCACCCACCUCUGCAAUCACCCACCUCUGCAAUCACCCACCUCUACAAUCACCCACCUCUGCAAUCACCCACCUCUGCAAUCACCCACCUCUGCAAUCACCCACCUCUGCAAUCACCCACCUCUGCAAUCACCCACCUCUGCAAUCACCCACCUCUGCAAUCACCCACCUCUACAAUCACCCACCUCUGGAAUCACCCACCUCUGCAAUCACCCACCUCUGCAAUCACCCACCUCUACAAUCACCCACCUCUACAAUCACCCACCUCUACAAUCACCCACCUCUGCAAUCACCCACCUCUGCAAUCACCCACCUCUGCAAUCACCCACCUCUGCAAUCACCCACCUUUACAAUCACCCACCUAUACAAUCACCCACCUCUGCAAUCACCCACCUCUGCAAUCACCCACCUCUGCAAUCACCCACCUCUACAAUCACCCACCUCUGCAAUCACCCACCUCUGCAAUCACCCACCUCUGCAAUCACCCACCUCUGCAAUCACCCACCUCUGCAAUCACCCACCUAUACAAUCACCCACCUCUGCAAUCACCCACCUCUGCAAUCACCCACCUCUGCAAUCACCCACCUCUACAAUCACCCACCUCUACAAUCACCCACCUCUGCAAUCACCCACCUCUGCAAUCACCCACCUCUGCAAUCACCCACCUCUGCAAUCACCCACCUCUGCAAUCACCCACCUCUGCAAUCACCCACCUCUGCAAUCACCCACCUCUCCAAUCACCCACCUCUGCAAUCACCCACCUCUACAAUCACCCACCUCUGCAAUCACCCACCUCUGCAAUCACCCACCUCUGCAAUCACCCACCUCUACAAUCACCCACCUCUACAAUCACCCACCUCUACAAUCACCCACCUCUACAAUCACCCACCUCUGCAAUCACCCACCUCUGCAAUCACCCACCUCUGCAAUCACCCACCUCUGCAAUCACCCACCUCUGCAAUCACCCACCUCUACAAUCACCCACCUCUGCAAUCACCCACCUCUGCAAUCACCCACCUCUGCAAUCACCCACCUCUACAAUCACCCACCUCUGCAAUCACCCACCUCUACAAUCACCCACCUCUGCAAUCACCCACCUCUGCAAUCACCCACCUCUGCAAUCACCCACCUCUACAAUCACCCACCUCUACAAUCACCCACCUCUACAAUCACCCACCUCUACAAUCACCCACCUCUACAAUCACCCACCUCUGCAAUCACCCACCUCUGCAAUCACCCACCUCUGCAAUCACCCACCUCUGCAAUCACCCACCUCUGCAAUCACCCACCUCUACAAUCACCCACCUCUGCAAUCACCCACCUCUGCAAUCACCCACCUCUGCAAUCACCCACCUCUGCAAUCACCCACCUCUACAAUCACCCACCUCUACAAUCACCCACCUCUACAAUCACCCACCUCUGCAAUCACCCACCUCUGCAAUCACCCACCUCUGCAAUCACCCACCUCUACAAUCACCCACCUCUACAAUCACCCACCUCUGCAAUCACCCACCUCUGCAAUCACCCACCUCUGCAAUCACCCACCUCUGCAAUCACCCACCUCUACAAUCACCCACCUCUGCAAUCACCCACCUCUGCAAUCACCCAGCUCUGCAAUCACCCAGCUCUGCAAUCACCCACCUAUACAAUCACCCACCUCUGCAAUCACCCACCUCUGCAAUCACCCACCUCUGCAAUCACCCACCUCUGCAAUCACCCACCUCUACAAUCACCCACCUCUACAAUCACCCACCUCUACAAUCACCCACCUCUGCAAUCACCCACCUCUGCAAUCACCCACCUCUGCAAUCACCCACCUCUGCAAUCACCCACCUCUGCAAUCACCCACCUCUACAAUCACCCACCUCUGCAAUCACCCACCUCUACAAUCACCCACCUCUGCAAUCACCCACCUCUGCAAUCACCCACCUCUGCAAUCACCCACCUCUGCAAUCACCCACCUCUACAAUCACCCACCUCUACAAUCACCCACCUCUGCAAUCACCCACCUCUGCAAUCACCCACCUCUGCAAUCACCCACCUCUGCAAUCACCCACCUCUGCAAUCACCCACCUCUACAAUCACCCACCUCUGCAAUCACCCACCUCUGCAAUCACCCACCUCUACAAUCACCCACCUCUGCAAUCACCCACCUCUGCAAUCACCCACCUCUGCAAUCACCCACCUCUACAAUCACCCACCUCUGCAAUCACCCACCUCUGCAAUCACCCACCUCUGCAAUCACCCACCUCUGCAAUCACCCACCUCUGCAAUCACCCACCUCUACAAUCACCCACCUCUACAAUCACCCACCUCUACAAUCACCCACCUCUGCAAUCACCCACCUCUGCAAUCACCCACCUCUGCAAUCACCCACCUCUGCAAUCACCCACCUCUACAAUCACCCACCUCUACAAUCACCCACCUCUGCAAUCACCCACCUCUGCAAUCACCCACCUCUGCAAUCACCCACCUCUGCAAUCACCCACCUCUGCAAUCACCCACCUCUACAAUCACCCACCUCUACAAUCACCCACCUAUACAAUCACCCACCUCUGCAAUCACCCACCUCUGCAAUCACCCACCUCUGCAAUCACCCACCUCUGCAAUCACCCACCUCUACAAUCACCCACCUCUGCAAUCACCCACCUCUGCAAUCACCCACCUCUGCAAUCACCCACCUCUGCAAUCACCCACCUCUGCAAUCACCCACCUCUGCAAUCACCCACCUCUGCAAUCACCCACCUCUGCAAUCACCCACCUCUACAAUCACCCACCUCUACAAUCACCCACCUCUACAAUCACCCACCUCUGCAAUCACCCACCUCUGCAAUCACCCACCUCUGCAAUCAACCACCUCUGCAAUCACCCACCUCUGCAAUCACCCACCUCUGCAAUCACCCACCUCUCCAAUCACCCACCUCUGCAAUCACCCACCUCUGCAAUCACCCACCUCUGCAAUCACCCACCUCUGCAAUCACCCACCUCUACAAUCACCCACCUCUGCAAUCACCCACCUCUGCAAUCACCCACCUCUGCAAUCACCCACCUCUGCAAUCACCCACCUCUGCAAUCACCCACCUCUGCAAUCACCCACCUCUGCAAUCACCCACCUCUGCAAUCACCCACCUCUACAAUCACCCACCUCUACAAUCACCCACCUCUACAAUCACCCACCUCUGCAAUCACCCACCUCUGCAAUCACCCACCUCUGCAAUCACCCACCUCUACAAUCACCCACCUAUACAAUCACCCACCUCUGCAAUCACCCACCUCUGCAAUCACCCACCUCUACAAUCACCCACCUCUGCAAUCACCCACCUCUGCAAUCACCCACCUCUGCAAUCACCCACCUCUGCAAUCACCCACCUAUACAAUCACCCACCUCUGCAAUCACCCACCUCUGCAAUCACCCACCUCUGCAAUCACCCACCUCUACAAUCACCCACCUCUACAAUCACCCACCUCUACAAUCACCCACCUCUGCAAUCACCCACCUCUGCAAUCACCCACCUCUGCAAUCACCCACCUCUGCAAUCACCCACCUCUGCAAUCACCCACCUCUGCAAUCACCCACCUCUACAAUCACCCACCUCUGCAAUCACCCACCUCUGCAAUCACCCACCUCUACAAUCACCCACCUCUGCAAUCACCCACCUCUGCAAUCACCCACCUCUGCAAUCACCCACCUCUACAAUCACCCACCUCUACAAUCACCCACCUCUACAAUCACCCACCUCUGCAAUCACCCACCUCUGCAAUCACCCACCUCUGCAAUCACCCACCUCUGCAAUCACCCACCUCUGCAAUCACCCACCUCUACAAUCACCCACCUCUGCAAUCACCCACCUCUGCAAUCACCCACCUCUGCAAUCACCCACCUCUGCAAUCACCCACCUCUGCAAUCACCCACCUCUGCAAUCACCCACCUCUGCAAUCACCCACCUCUGCAAUCACCCACCUCUGCAAUCACCCACCUCUGCAAUCACCCACCUCUGCAAUCACCCACCUCUGCAAUCACCCACCUCUGCAAUCACCCACCUCUACAAUCACCCACCUCUACAAUCACCCACCUCUGCAAUCACCCACCUCUGCAAUCACCCACCUCUGCAAUCACCCACCUCUGCAAUCACCCACCUCUGCAAUCACCCACCUCUGCAAUCACCCACCUCUACAAUCACCCACCUCUACAAUCACCCACCUCUGCAAUCACCCACCUCUGCAAUCACCCACCUCUGCAAUCACCCACCUCUGCAAUCACCCACCUCUGCAAUCACCCACCUCUACAAUCACCCACCUAUACAAUCACCCACCUCUGCAAUCACCCACCUCUGCAAUCACCCACCUCUGCAAUCACCCACCUCUGCAAUCACCCACCUCUACAAUCACCCACCUCUGCAAUCACCCACCUCUGCAAUCACCCACCUCUGCAAUCACCCACCUCUGCAAUCACCCACCUCUGCAAUCACCCACCUCUGCAAUCACCCACCUCUGCAAUCACCCACCUCUGCAAUCACCCACCUCUGCAAUCACCCACCUCUACAAUCACCCACCUCUACAAUCACCCACCUCUACAAUCACCCACCUCUGCAAUCACCCACCUCUGCAAUCACCCACCUCUACAAUCACCCACCUCUGCAAUCACCCACCUCUGCAAUCACCCACCUCUGCAAUCACCCACCUCUACAAUCACCCACCUCUGCAAUCACCCACCUCUGCAAUCACCCACCUCUGCAAUCACCCACCUCUGCAAUCACCCACCUCUGCAAUCACCCACCUCUACAAUCACCCACCUCUACAAUCACCCACCUCUACAAUCACCCACCUCUGCAAUCACCCACCUCUGCAAUCACCCACCUCUGCAAUCACCCACCUCUGCAAUCACCCACCUCUACAAUCACCCACCUCUACAAUCACCCACCUCUGCAAUCACCCACCUCUGCAAUCACCCACCUCUGCAAUCACCCACCUCUGCAAUCACCCACCUCUGCAAUCACCCACCUCUACAAUCACCCACCUCUACAAUCACCCACCUAUACAAUCACCCACCUCUGCAAUCACCCACCUCUGCAAUCACCCACCUCUGCAAUCACCCACCUCUGCAAUCACCCACCUCUACAAUCACCCACCUCUGCAAUCACCCACCUCUGCAAUCACCCACCUCUGCAAUCACCCACCUCUGCAAUCACCCACCUCUGCAAUCACCCACCUCUGCAAUCACCCACCUCUGCAAUCACCCACCUCUGCAAUCACCCACCUCUACAAUCACCCACCUCUACAAUCACCCACCUCUACAAUCACCCACCUCUGCAAUCACCCACCUCUGCAAUCACCCACCUCUGCAAUCAACCACCUCUGCAAUCACCCACCUCUGCAAUCACCCACCUCUGCAAUCACCCACCUCUCCAAUCACCCACCUCUGCAAUCACCCACCUCUGCAAUCACCCACCUCUGCAAUCACCCACCUCUGCAAUCACCCACCUCUACAAUCACCCACCUCUGCAAUCACCCACCUCUGCAAUCACCCACCUCUGCAAUCACCCACCUCUGCAAUCACCCACCUCUGCAAUCACCCACCUCUGCAAUCACCCACCUCUGCAAUCACCCACCUCUGCAAUCACCCACCUCUACAAUCACCCACCUCUACAAUCACCCACCUCUACAAUCACCCACCUCUGCAAUCACCCACCUCUGCAAUCACCCACCUCUGCAAUCACCCACCUCUACAAUCACCCACCUAUACAAUCACCCACCUCUGCAAUCACCCACCUCUGCAAUCACCCACCUCUACAAUCACCCACCUCUGCAAUCACCCACCUCUGCAAUCACCCACCUCUGCAAUCACCCACCUCUGCAAUCACCCACCUAUACAAUCACCCACCUCUGCAAUCACCCACCUCUGCAAUCACCCACCUCUGCAAUCACCCACCUCUACAAUCACCCACCUCUACAAUCACCCACCUCUACAAUCACCCACCUCUGCAAUCACCCACCUCUGCAAUCACCCACCUCUGCAAUCACCCACCUCUGCAAUCACCCACCUCUGCAAUCACCCACCUCUGCAAUCACCCACCUCUACAAUCACCCACCUCUGCAAUCACCCACCUCUGCAAUCACCCACCUCUACAAUCACCCACCUCUGCAAUCACCCACCUCUGCAAUCACCCACCUCUGCAAUCACCCACCUCUACAAUCACCCACCUCUACAAUCACCCACCUCUACAAUCACCCACCUCUGCAAUCACCCACCUCUGCAAUCACCCACCUCUGCAAUCACCCACCUCUGCAAUCACCCACCUCUGCAAUCACCCACCUCUACAAUCACCCACCUCUGCAAUCACCCACCUCUGCAAUCACCCACCUCUGCAAUCACCCACCUCUGCAAUCACCCACCUCUGCAAUCACCCACCUCUGCAAUCACCCACCUCUGCAAUCACCCACCUCUGCAAUCACCCACCUCUGCAAUCACCCACCUCUACAAUCACCCACCUCUGCAAUCACCCACCUCUGCAAUCACCCACCUCUGCAAUCACCCACCUCUGCAAUCACCCACCUCUACAAUCACCCACCUCUACAAUCACCCACCUCUGCAAUCACCCACCUCUGCAAUCACCCACCUCUGCAAUCACCCACCUCUGCAAUCACCCACCUCUGCAAUCACCCACCUCUACAAUCACCCACCUCUACAAUCACCCACCUCUGCAAUCACCCACCUCUGCAAUCACCCACCUCUGCAAUCACCCACCUCUGCAAUCACCCACCUCUGCAAUCACCCACCUCUACAAUCACCCACCUAUACAAUCACCCACCUCUGCAAUCACCCACCUCUGCAAUCACCCACCUCUGCAAUCACCCACCUCUGCAAUCACCCACCUCUACAAUCACCCACCUCUGCAAUCACCCACCUCUGCAAUCACCCACCUCUGCAAUCACCCACCUCUGCAAUCACCCACCUCUGCAAUCACCCACCUCUGCAAUCACCCACCUCUGCAAUCACCCACCUCUGCAAUCACCCACCUCUGCAAUCACCCACCUCUACAAUCACCCACCUCUACAAUCACCCACCUCUACAAUCACCCACCUCUACAAUCACCCACCUCUGCAAUCACCCACCUCUGCAAUCACCCACCUCUGCAAUCACCCACCUCUGCAAUCACCCACCUCUGCAAUCACCCACCUCUACAAUCACCCACCUCUGCAAUCACCCACCUCUGCAAUCACCCACCUCUGCAAUCACCCACCUCUGCAAUCACCCACCUCUACAAUCACCCACCUCUGCAAUCACCCACCUCUGCAAUCACCCACCUCUACAAUCACCCACCUCUGGAAUCACCCACCUCUGCAAUCACCCACCUCUGCAAUCACCCACCUCUACAAUCACCCACCUCUACAAUCACCCACCUCUACAAUCACCCACCUCUGCAAUCACCCACCUCUGCAAUCACCCACCUCUGCAAUCACCCACCUCUGCAAUCACCCACCUUUACAAUCACCCACCUAUACAAUCACCCACCUCUGCAAUCACCCACCUCUGCAAUCACCCACCUCUGCAAUCACCCACCUCUACAAUCACCCACCUCUGCAAUCACCCACCUCUGCAAUCACCCACCUCUGCAAUCACCCACCUCUGCAAUCACCCACCUCUGCAAUCACCCACCUAUACAAUCACCCACCUCUGCAAUCACCCACCUCUGCAAUCACCCACCUCUGCAAUCACCCACCUCUGCAAUCACCCACCUCUGCAAUCACCCACCUCUGCAAUCACCCACCUCUGCAAUCACCCACCUCUGCAAUCACCCACCUCUACAAUCACCCACCUCUGCAAUCACCCACCUCUACAAUCACCCACCUCUGCAAUCACCCACCUCUGCAAUCACCCACCUCUGCAAUCACCCACCUCUACAAUCACCCACCUCUACAAUCACCCACCUCUACAAUCACCCACCUCUACAAUCACCCACCUCUACAAUCACCCACCUCUGCAAUCACCCACCUCUGCAAUCACCCACCUCUGCAAUCACCCACCUCUGCAAUCACCCACCUCUACAAUCACCCACCUCUACAAUCACCCACCUCUGCAAUCACCCACCUCUGCAAUCACCCACCUCUGCAAUCACCCACCUCUACAAUCACCCACCUCUGCAAUCACCCACCUCUACAAUCACCCACCUCUGCAAUCACCCACCUCUGCAAUCACCCACCUCUGCAAUCACCCACCUCUACAAUCACCCACCUCUACAAUCACCCACCUCUACAAUCACCCACCUCUGCAAUCACCCACCUCUGCAAUCACCCACCUCUGCAAUCACCCACCUCUGCAAUCACCCACCUCUACAAUCACCCACCUCUACAAUCACCCACCUCUGCAAUCACCCACCUCUGCAAUCACCCACCUCUGCAAUCACCCACCUCUGCAAUCACCCACCUCUACAAUCACCCACCUCUACAAUCACCCACCUCUACAAUCACCCACCUCUGCAAUCACCCACCUCUGCAAUCACCCACCUCUGCAAUCACCCACCUCUGCAAUCACCCACCUCUACAAUCACCCACCUCUGCAAUCACCCACCUCUGCAAUCACCCACCUCUGCAAUCACCCACCUCUGCAAUCACCCACCUCUACAAUCACCCACCUCUGCAAUCACCCACCUCUACAAUCACCCACCUCUGCAAUCACCCACCUCUGCAAUCACCCACCUCUGCAAUCACCCACCUCUGCAAUCACCCACCUCUACAAUCACCCACCUCUACAAUCACCCACCUCUACAAUCACCCACCUCUGCAAUCACCCACCUCUGCAAUCACCCACCUCUGCAAUCACCCACCUCUGCAAUCACCCACCUCUACAAUCACCACCUCUGCAAUCACCCACCUCUGCAAUCACCCACCUCUGCAAUCACCCACCUCUUCAAUCACCCACCUCUGCAAUCACCCACCUCUGCAAUCACCCACCUCUGCAAUCACCCACCUCUACAAUCACCCACCUCUGCAAUCACCCACCUCUACAAUCACCCACCUCUGCAAUCACCCACCUCUGCAAUCACCCACCUCUGCAAUCACCCACCUCUGCAAUCACCCACCUCUACAAUCACCCACCUCUACAAUCACCCACCUCUGCAAUCACCCACCUCUGCAAUCACCCACCUCUGAAAUCACCCACCUCUGCAAUCACCCACCUCUACAAUCACCCACCUCUACAAUCACCCACCUCUGCAAUCACCCACCUCUGCAAUCACCCACCUCUGCAAUCACCCACCUCUGCAAUCACCCACCUCUGCAAUCACCCACCUCUACAAUCACCCACCUAUACAAUCACCCACCUCUGCAAUCACCCACCUCUGCAAUCACGCACCUCUGCAAUCACCCACCUCUGCAAUCACCCACCUCUACAAUCACCCACCUCUGCAAUCACCCACCUCUGCAAUCACCCACCUCUGCAAUCACCCACCUCUGCAAUCACCCACCUCUGCAAUCACCCACCUCUGCAAUCACCCACCUCUGCAAUCACCCACCUCUGCAAUCACCCACCUCUACAAUCACCCACCUCUACAAUCACCCACCUCUACAAUCACCCACCUCUACAAUCACCCACCUCUGCAAUCACCCACCUCUACAAUCACCCACCUCUGCAAUCACCCACCUCUGCAAUCACCCACCUCUGCAAUCACCCACCUCUACAAUCACCCACCUCUACAAUCACCCACCUCUACAAUCACCCACCUCUGCAAUCACCCACCUCUGCAAUCACCCACCUCUGAAAUCACCCACCUCUGCAAUCACCCACCUCUACAAUCACCCACCUCUACAAUCACCCACCUCUGCAAUCACCCACCUCUGCAAUCACCCACCUCUGCAAUCACCCACCUCUGCAAUCACCCACCUCUGCAAUCACCCACCUCUACAAUCACCCACCUAUACAAUCACCCACCUCUGCAAUCACCCACCUCUGCAAUCACGCACCUCUGCAAUCACCCACCUCUGCAAUCACCCACCUCUACAAUCACCCACCUCUGCAAUCACCCACCUCUGCAAUCACCCACCUCUGCAAUCACCCACCUCUGCAAUCACCCACCUCUGCAAUCACCCACCUCUGCAAUCACCCACCUCUGCAAUCACCCACCUCUGCAAUCACCCACCUCUACAAUCACCCACCUCUACAAUCACCCACCUCUACAAUCACCCACCUCUACAAUCACCCACCUCUGCAAUCACCCACCUCUACAAUCACCCACCUCUGCAAUCACCCACCUCUGCAAUCACCCACCUCUGCAAUCACCCACCUCUACAAUCACCCACCUCUACAAUCACCCACCUCUACAAUCACCCACCUCUGCAAUCACCCACCUCUGCAAUCACCCACCUCUGA